GUUCAUCAGUUGGCACACUAUCCAUUGGACCAUUUUGUUCUGUGCAUUCAGAAUCAAAGCAAAGUAUCAGUCUUCAUUGGUCCUAUCUGUUAUUAAAUAGGCAGCCAUCCUUUGUUUUCUGCUCCGGCAUGUAUAAUAACACCUUAGUCUGCGGUGUAUAGCUCCUCAAAGCACCUCUCCACCUUGACUAACUUUUCCAAGCGCUCAUUAGCGGACUGGCUGAAGUUCGGAGGGUAUGAAGCGGGCUGGCAGAUUACCCCCUGUAAAGUAGCACACCUCAGUGGCGGGUCGGUGCAAGAAGUGCCAAACAACAAAGAAGUGUUUGUUUGCAUAACAUUAGCGCUGCACGCUCGCACACAGUGGCGGGGGCCUGACUGCAGGACUGACUGGAGGCUUCCCGUGAACACAGGUGGAGCAGGGCGAGCAUCACUGGGACCAAUUAGAGCAGAGCACAGGAGAUCCCUCUGCCGAACACCAGCGUAUAGACUAAAACGACAGGACGGCACAGGACAGGACAGGGGUUUAGCCACGGCUUGCAAGAUCACCACCACCAAAAAAAACACAAUUAGGACCUUGAUUGUCCUCCCUCCUCCUGACGCACCUGCAGCAGCAGCAGCAGCAGCAGCACGCUCAUCACCUCCUGCAGCUAGAAGCACCGUGUAGCGACCAUCAUGUCUGUAGCGGGGUUUAAGAAGCAAUUCCACAAAGCCACUCAGAAAGUGAGCGAGAAAGUUGGAGGUGCAGAAGGAACGAAGCUCGAUGAUGACUUCACCGACAUGGAAAAGAAGAUGGACACCACCGCUCGGGCCGUGCUGGACAUCAUGACCAAGACUACGGAGUAUCUGCAGCCAAACCCAGCUACCAGAGCCAAGAUGAGCAUGAUGAACUCCAUGUCACGCAUGCGGGGGCAGGAGAAGGGACCGGGCUACACGCAGACCGAGGCCAUCCUGGGAGAGUCCAUGCAGAGGUUUGGCAGGGAGCUCGGAGAGGAGUCGAACUUCGGCAUUGCUCUGAUUGAUGCUGGGGAAGCCAUGCGUGAGCUCGGAGAGGUUAAGGACGCUCUGGACAUGGAGGUCAAGCAGAACUUUAUCGAUCCACUGCAGAACCUCCAUGAAAAAGAUCUCAAGGAGAUUCAGCAUCACCUGAAGAAAAUGGAGGGUCGUCGUCUGGACUUUGAUUAUAAGAAGAAACGUCAGGGCAAAGUGACAGAAGACGAGCUCAAACAGGCACUAGAGAAAUUCGACGACUCCAAGGAGAUUGCUGAGCAGAGCAUGUUCAACCUGAUCGAGAGUGAUAUUGAACAGGUGAGCCAGCUCGCUGCACUGGUACAUGCUCAGGUGGAGUACCACAGCCGGGCUGCUGAGAUCCUCACACAGCUCUCCAGUAAGAUCGAUGAACGGAUAAGGGACACUGCUGUCAAACCGAGGAAAGAGUUCGCUCCUAAACCACGCACGUCUCUGGACUUCUCCAGUGUGGAGAACCACAAUGGAGGCAUCCACAGUGCUCGCUCUCCAGGGGCGAGGUCUCCAGCAAGGUCUCCAGCAAGAUCUCCAGCCAGGUCUCCAGCCCCCAUGGACCAGCCCUGCUGUCGUGCACUGUACGAUUUUGACCCCGAGAACGAAGGUGAGCUAGGCUUCAAGGAAGGCGAUAUCAUCACCCUGACCAAUAAGAUCGAUGACAACUGGUACGAGGGGAUGCUGCACGGCAACUCUGGUUUCUUCCCCAUCAACUAUGUGGAUAUCCUGGUGCCGCUGCCCCACUAGGACGUCACCACUACCAGCUGAGUCUGCAACGGUGGCGAAACAGAUCCUGGCCUCCAGUCCCCCUCUCCCCCCUCCGUCAGUAUUCCCGGUAACCUUUUCCUUAACAUUCCUACCAACCACCCGCACUCCGCUUUAAAGGAGUCAAAACAGCAACAACACAAUAACGAACAAAGAUUGACGACGAAUUAAAGCAAGUAUUGGGCAUAAAAACUUUAAAUGAGGAAAAAUCAGCGUUAAUGUCGUUGCUUGCCCCCCUUAUCCCAGGAGGUACCUUCAGGCUUCCACAGUCAUUUUAUCCAUUACUGUCCCAGCUUUUGUCUCGGUUUGAGUUGGCUGUCAGUCCGUCAUAAUUUCCGUGAGUUUAUCAGAGCAGCUUUGCAAAAUCACACUUUUCUCUCAUUCACUGUACUUUGUGGAAACCUCUACAGUAGAUAUAAACUUUUCUCUCACAUGCUAGGAAAAAAAAAAAUCAGUCCACGUGCUUCAUGUUUGUUAGAGACUCUAGGUCAAGCAUGGUUUCAAGUGUUUAACGUUUUAUCUUAUGAAAAAAAUAUGUUGAGCUGAUUUUGUUUUGUUUUGAAUAUUCCUCUUUUUUAAUUGUAGUCGUCUCUCGGCGUCCAAAGGAUGUCCUCACCUUUUUAACUAUUCAGAGUUUUACAAAAGUUGUAGACUAGAUUCAUCUAGUUGAUAACUAAAAAAAACAAGAUUACCCAUCGUAUUUUUAUUUUUCACAUCUCAACAUGUGCAUGUGAUUGGUCAUAAAGUGAUUUAGAUACCAAAGUUACCUGCAAAAAACCAGAGUCAACUCCAAUUUUAGCUUCAGGAUUUCCAGACAGCUCGGUGUCAGUGAAUCUGUUCGACGCAGCAGGAUGAAGCUUUUUGCAAUCUCUAGUUCUUUGGUAUUUUCAUCAGGAGGGGUGAAACUGUAUUCUUAAGUAUGUGACAUUACCUAUCUGAGCCAGUGAUUAGUGGAGUGAUGACAUGAUUUGCGAAAAACACAAGUUGUGAAGUUUAAACUGUUUGAAGUAAUGUAAGAAAAACUAUGGUGCAUAAGUUUCAAUCCUCCGAAGUGUAUUUUAUCAGCAGCUUGUGUGAAAAAUGGUUGAUGUAUUGUGAUAUAAUAACUUAUAGGACUCAAAGCUGCUCAUUGGGGCAGCUGAAGGUGUAGCUCUUUUCUGCUGCAUCCCUACUAGUCCGAUUAGUAUUCUGUAGUUUAGCUGUCUAUAAGCCAUUGAUUAAGACAAAACUAGACAUAGCCAGGAGUGCACUAAUGGCUGAACGGAAUGAUAAAAUAAUUUAUUUUUGUCUUGGUGGAAAUGUUUUAUUCAUUGGAAUGAUGCAACUUACACUAAAAAAAAAGAAAAAAAACUUUUCUCCAACACAAUUUGGACUAAAAGUCGCUGGUUUACCCUUUUCAUGUCAUGUUAGACCUCAGAAAAAAUGCAAGAUUAUAAUUAUUGUUUAGUUUUCUCUCACCAGCUAUAUGGUUGUAUGCAGUAUUUCUUUAACGUAUGUACUAAUAUUUCUAGAAAUCAAAACCAGACUCAGUUAUUACAGUACAUGUUUUAGUCAGCUGAGCAGUUACGUGCUGUCGUGCACACCCGGGGUUUUACCCUCUGCGAUUUCAAAGAUGUAUUAACCCCUCUGCAAAAUAAUCUGUGCGGCAGUUAACUCUAUAUUUUCACCCAUUUUGUAGUAAUGUUGUGCGUGUACUUCGGGGCCGGGGUGUGGGUUUGCAUACAGAACGUGUUAUGCACGGGGACGGGGUUGCAGAGGACCUCUGACGCUGAGGUAUUUAAGAUAUACUGUCUCUGACAGUGUUCCACAUUAAAACAAACACGGAUGUCUCUUUACUCAAAGGACCAAUUCAUUAUAUUCAGUAGAAUUACAAUAAAUAAUGCAAAACAGCUGAUACUCAUAUUAAGUGUUGUUUUUUUAAAGGGAAGCACAACUUUAACAGACGGUAUGCUUUGUUGGCUGGGGAAGAAUGACGAUACAGUUUGAAGGUCAUGUAUUUUUUAAAGGCGAAACAAUUCCUUCUUCUUCUUCUUCUUCUUCUUCUUCUUCUCUUUUCUCACUUUUUUUUUAACAAUCGUGUGUAUCUUUGCCCUCAAUGAGGACUGUACAGCUUUUCUGUGUUUUGUUUUCACCUUGUGUGUAUAGUCGCGCAUCUACAGUAACGUAUCUUAUUUUUGUAACUGUGACAAAAGUAUACACAUACAGUAUAGAUGUAUAUAUACGGUAUAUUAUCCAAAAGCAAUGUGAAAGGAGGGAUUCUCUGUGCUGCACAUGAUUGUCUUUGGACUGUUUUUGUUUUUGUUUGUUUGUUUUCUGUUUUUGUUUCAUUUGAUUCUUGCACUGGAUUCUAAGACUGUAUGCUUGAUGUAAAGAAAAUGUGAUAAGUCAGUGUAAUUUAUUCAAAUAAAUACAAAGAAAUGGUUAUU